AUGGACAAUUACCAAAAGAUUGAGAAAAUCGGCGAGGGAACGUAUGGUGUCGUCUACAAGGCUCGCGAACUCACCCACCCAAACCGUAUCGUUGCGUUGAAGAAAAUCCGACUCGAGGCUGAAGAUGAAGGCGUACCUAGCACUGCAAUCCGCGAGAUCUCUUUGCUCAAGGAAAUGAACGAUCCCAAUAUUGUGCGACUCCUAAACAUCGUGCAUGCGGACGGACACAAGCUCUACCUCGUUUUCGAAUAUCUCGACCUCGAUCUCAAGAAGUACAUGGAGGCACUGCCGGUCAGUGAAGGUGGACGCGGUAGGGCUUUACCGGAUGGCUCUUCUCUGAGCCGGAACCUGGGUUUGGGAGAUGCGAUGGUCAAGAAGUUUAUGGCACAAUUGAUUGAGGGUAUCCGUUUCUGUCACAGCCACAGGGUUCUGCACCGUGACCUGAAACCUCAGAACCUCCUGAUUGACCGCGAUGGCAAUCUCAAACUGGCCGAUUUUGGUUUGGCGAGGGCAUUUGGUGUUCCGCUCAGAACCUACACGCACGAGGUUGUAACUCUGUGGUACCGCUCCCCUGAGAUUCUGUUGGGUGGCCGUCAGUACUCCACCGGUGUUGAUAUGUGGUCUUGUGGUGCCAUUUUCGCGGAAAUGUGUACUCGCAAGCCGUUGUUCCCCGGUGACUCGGAAAUCGAUGAAAUCUUCAAGAUCUUCCGGCUCCUUGGAACUCCGGAUGAAAGCAUCUGGCCGGGCGUCACCUCCUUCCCCGAUUUCAAAGCGACCUUCCCCAAGUGGAAGCGCGAAGACAUCAGCAGCGUGGUUUCUGGCCUCGAAGAUGAUGGCCUUGACCUUCUAGAAGCCUUGCUCGAAUACGAUCCCGCCCGCCGUAUCUCAGCCAAGCAGGCUUGCAUGCACCCAUACUUCCAACACGGCAGCUCGUACUAUUCUGGACGCACUCGCCGCAAUGGCUUUCACUGA